UAGCACAAAACAUAUUGAAGAAGCAGUUGGGUUUAGGGGAAGAUGAAGAACAGGGAGGGAAGGCGAUUGAACGGAGAAGCAGAAGAAGAUGAUGAAGAUGAGGAUGAUUUGAAUGGAGGCCUCGAAGCGUGGGAAAGAAGUUACGCAGAUGAUAGAUCAUGGGAGGCUUUACAAGAGGACGAGUCGGGGCUGCUUAGACCCAUUGACAACUCAGCAAUUUAUCAUGCUCAGUAUCGUCGCCGCCUUCGUGCCCGUUCUCUUUCUGCCAACGCUUCUCGAAUUCAAAAGGGUCUCAUUCGAUAUCUCUACAUUGUUAUCGAUCUUUCUCGGGCAGCUUCUGAGAUGGAUUUUCGACCAAGUCGAAUGGCUGUGGUUGCAAAAAAUGUAGAGGCUUUUGUUAGGGAGUUUUUUGACCAGAAUCCUCUCAGUCAAAUUGGGCUGGUGACCAUAAAGGAUGGGGUUGCUCAUUGCUUAACUGAUCUUGGUGGGAGCCCUGAGUCACAUAUAAAAGCUUUGAUGGGUAAGUUGGAAUGCUCAGGUGAUGCUUCCCUACAAAAUGCCUUGGAUCUCACACAAGCACUUCUCAAUCAAAUUCCAUCAUAUGGUCAUCGUGAAGUUCUGAUCUUAUAUUCAGCUCUCAGUACUUGUGAUCCGGGAAAUAUAAUGGAGACCAUUCAGCAAUGUAAGAAAUCUAAAAUAAGAUGUUCAGUUAUUGGCCUCUCUGCAGAAAUGUUUGUAUGCAAACAUCUUUGCCACGAAACUGGUGGAUCAUACUCUGUAGCCUUGGAUGAGUCUCACUUUAAGGAGUUAAUACUAGAGCAUGCACCUCCACCUCCUGCAAUAGCAGAAUUUGCAAUUGCCAAUUUGAUCAAGAUGGGUUUCCCACAGAGAGCAGCGGAGAGCUCUACCUCAAUUUGUUCGUGUCAUAAAGAAGCUAAAGUUGGUGUGGGGUAUACUUGUCCAAGAUGCAAAGCACGUGUCUGUGAGCUACCUACUGAAUGUCGGAUUUGUGGGUUGCAACUUGUUUCCUCACCCCAUUUGGCAAGGUCUUAUCAUCAUCUAUUUCCAAUUGCACCAUUUGAUGAGGUGCCUCCAUCAAAUCUGAAUGAUCCGCAUAUCAGAUCACAAAAAACUUGUUUUGGUUGUCAGCAGACUCUUCUGAAUCUUGGAAAUAAACCUGGCCUUUGUGUUGCCUGCCCAAAAUGCAAGAAGUACUUCUGCCUUGAGUGUGACAUUUAUAUUCAUGAAAGCUUGCAUAAUUGCCCAGGUUGCGAGAGCUUUAGGCACUUGAAGCCCGUUGCUGCUGGUGAAGAAUGAUAAACUUGCAUUGUGUUGGAUUUUGUCCCACCAUUCCAACAAUUCUUCCAAACCAAAGCUCCUACAGAACUCAGGUUCAUUCUAUAUGCUCAGUGUUUAUCUGAAACAUCUAGAUCGUUAUUAGUUUGAUCGGGCAUGCUGGUGUAGCAAUCGAGUGCAUGUGAAGAAGUCACAUUAAUGUCUUACUCUGUUGUAAUGUUAUAAUCAAAAGGAAUUGAAUUGGAUUUUAGGAGAAUUGUUGUGGCUCAGGGUUUUUGACUGAACCACGAGA